AUGAUCUGGUCAGAGGUCAAGGAGAUCUGGGUGGAUGGCCCUAGAGAGUACGUGAAUCACUUAUGGAACGUGUUAGACUUCGGCAUGUUGUCUAUCUUCGUAGCAUCGUUCACCGCUCGGCUCAUGGCCUUCCUCAAGGCCUCCAAGGCCCAGCUGUACGUAGACCAGUUUGUGACCAACGAAGACAUCCGCAACGCGUCCCUACCUACUGAGGUUGCCUACUACACCUAUGCCAGGAAUAAGUGGCGUCCGUCGGACCCCCAGAUCAUCUCGGAGGGUCUGUAUGCCAUCGCUGUGGUGCUGAGUUUCUCCCGCAUCGCCUACAUCCUGCCAGCCAACGAGAGCUUCGGCCCGCUCCAGAUCUCCCUGGGCCGGACGGUGAAGGACAUCUUCAAGUUCAUGGUGAUCUUCAUCAUGGUGUUUGUGGCCUUCAUGAUCGGCAUGUUCAACCUCUACUCCCACUACCUGGGAGCCAAGUACAACCCUGCCUUCACCACGUGA